AUGGCUGACGAAAAAUACACACAAGAUAUUGAGCACACCGGAGAGAUCUCCAAUGAAGAUACAGAUCCUGUUCUCGAGGCUCGAGAGAAGGCUUUAGUAUGGAAGCAAGAUCUACGAAUCGUCCCGCUUUGUGCGGCAAUCUACUUAUUAUGUUACUUGGAUCGCUCAAACAUUGGAAAUGCGAAACUUUUGAACGCAGACACUGGCAAUGAUCUCCUCUCCGAAACACGUAUGACUUCAUACGAUUAUACAAUUGCGUUGAUGGUCUUUUUGAUUGCUUACGCUAUUUUCGAAGUCCCUUCAAAUUAUCUUUUGAAGAAAUUGAGGCCGAGUCGAUGGAUCGCCUUUCUUAUGCUAUCCUGGGGCGCAAAAUCUAUGGGACUGGGAGGAGCUCACAGCUACGCUCAAGUCACUGGCAUUCGAUUUUUAUUAGGUGCUGUGGAGGCAGGCCUGUUCCCCGGAUUCGUUUACUAUCUUACCUUCUGGUACCGGAAUUCCGAACGAUCCAUACGAGUCGCCUUAAUCCUAGCUUCUGCAACCCUGGCAGGAGCUUUCGGUGGAGCUAUAGCCUAUGGUGUGGGUCAUAUGAACGGUGCACAGGGACUCUCCGCUUGGCGAUGGCUAUUCAUUAUUGAAGGAGCACCAUCUUGCGCGUCUGCUAUCUUGGUCUGGUUCUUUUUACCAGACUACCCCGAGACGGCGAAGUGGUUAACAACUGAUGAGAAGGAGUUGGCGGCGUAUCGCCUGCAAACUGAAGGCUCGCAUGGCUCUGCAAGCGCUAUGUCGUGGCCAGAUGCUAAAGCUGUGCUGACAGAGUGGAGGUUAUAUGCCCAUUAUGCGGUUUAUUUUGGUAUAUCGACACCAUUUUCUAGUCUUUCAUUGUUCACGCCCGCUAUUACAGCUGGCUUGGGAUACUCCAAUCUCCGAGCACAACUUAUGACUGUGCCUCCCUAUGCGGUGGCAUACGCUGUAACCGUAGCGGUAGCCUGGUCUGCAGACCAUUUCAAUAGUCGAGGUCUACAUUCGGCAAUUUUCGCAUUUAUUGGAGCGAUGGGGUUUCUCGCAUCGGCUGUUCUUCCAGCUGAGGCAUACCUGCAUCGUUAUGGUUGUCUGAUCGUCGCUGCGAGUGGUGCUUUCGCUUGCAUUCCACCACUUCUAGGAUGGCUAUCAUCGAAUCUUCGAUCCACAGCGGGGGCGGGACUAGCCAUCGCACUGAAUGUCUCAUUCGGGGCACCGGGACAGAUCGUUGGAGUAUGGAUCUACAAACGCGAUGAGGAAAAUAAGGGAUACCCGACGGGACAUUGGACCAAUGCAGCACUUCUUUUAUUCGUCACGGCAGGAUGUAUCCUGCUAAGACUAUAUUAUGGGUGGAGAAAUAAGCGGUGGAAUGGUGAUGGAAAUGGAAAGAAAUUUGCAUAUUAG